AGCUCCGCCCCUUGCUGGUAAAAGGCUGCAUACGACAUGUGAGCGUCAGGUACCGGCCAAGGAUACCUCAGCGCUCCCAUCUCUCACCGCUCCUCAAGGAGUCUACGGUAACGUCAGAGCCAAGAUGGGGCGGAAGGAGAUUGUCUGUAGUUGGAAGAAACCCAUAAAUAACAUCAAGGAUGUGUUUGACUUCAAGGGGAAGAUGGGAUCGGGGUCUUUUUCUGAAGUUUUCAUGGUGAGAGAGAAGAAAACGGGGAAAUUGUUCGCUCUGAAGUGUCUGAAAAAAAAGCACCUCACCCACAGCAACCUGGAAAACGAAAUCAAUGUUUUGAAGAGGAUAAAGCACGACAAUGUAAUAGGACUGGAGGAUUUUUAUGAGAGUCGAACACACUACUACUUGGUCAUGCAACUGGUGUCAGGUGGGGAGCUGUUUGAUCGGAUUUUAGAUAAAGGUGUUUUUACGGAGAAGGAUGCAAGCCUGGUGAUCAAACAGGUGCUGGAAGCUGUUGACUACCUGCAUGAAAACAGUAUUGUCCACAGGGACUUGAAGCCUGAAAACCUGCUGUACUACAGUGCGGAUGAAAAUGCCAAAAUCAUGGUUAGCGAUUUUGGCCUCUCAAAAACACUGGAGCAUGGGGUGAUGUCCACAGCAUGUGGCACACCCGGAUAUGUCGCUCCAGAGGUUUUGGCCCAAAAACCCUACAGUAAAGCUGUUGACUGUUGGUCCAUUGGAGUUAUUACCUACAUCUUGCUAUGUGGAUACCCUCCGUUCUUUGAGGAGAAUGAGACACGUCUGUUUUCAAAGAUCAUGAGAGCUGAAUAUGCCUUUCAUGCUCCCUUUUGGGAUGAGAUCUCUGAGUCAGCAAAAGACUUCAUUAGGAAUAUGAUGGAGAAAAAUCCCAUGAAACGAUUCACCACUGAACAGGCUCUGCGACAUCCAUGGAUUUCUGGAAGCACAGCUAAAGACCUGGAUAUUUAUCAUUCGGUCUGUGAGCAGAUGGAACGGAACUUUGCCAAAGCAAAAUGGAAGCAAGCCUUCCAUGCAAGUACCGCGAUCUACCACAUGAAGAAGCUGCAGGUGUCCCACAGGGAGAACUGCUCAGUCACUCCUCUCUCACUGCCCCACAUCAUUGUCCAGACCUCCUCUCAGAGUGAUUUAGAAUCUCUCGGUACCUCCAAUGACGAAGCUCUCUGCAUGGACCCAAAUGGAAAUCCUCUCCACACCUCCAGUCACCUCGGUUGCAUUGCUGCUGAGCCCAGCAGGGGUCUUUGUCCUCCAAUGAGAGGCCAUCAUAGGGAACCCAACUACCUGCUUGCGGAACCAAGAGAGAUCCACUCAAUGGGCUCAGAGAAUGACACUUCUUUCAUGUCAUCCAAAAGCCUGGAGGCUGUGGCUGAGAGGAAGGACCCGCCACUUCAAUCUGGCAUUUGUUCUGUCAUGUGAUUGGCUGAUAAACAUGAGACGAUUCUCACGUGACAACACCAAGCGGCGUUGUUCUUGGCUUGAAGAUGUCAGCGCAUUGACUGCCCCACACUUCGGCCCUCAGAACUGAGGAAAAUAUUUUCUCAUGACUCACACAAUCAGUUUAACUGGAAACAAUCUUUCACUUUUCUCUCUUCUUUACCUCCUUUUAACUAAGCACAGAAUAUAUUCAAAUGUUUGUUUGAAGCUGAUGAACUUUAUCUGUCUGGAUUUAAUGUAAUCUGGAAAUUUGACAUCAGUUGAUGGAAAAACACAACUUGCACAUCG